GCACCGAAAACGGGGUCUCAGGGGACCCACGGACAAGGGACCAGGGACGUCACCGCGGUGCCCCCACGAGGUGUCCUCGGUGGGGUCGACCUUGUCACCGUGUGCUGGGGGACACGCUGGAGGGUGGGACUGGCAAAUAACUCAUGGGGAAAACCACCUGUCACCCCCUUGGACACACCAGAGAGCCACCAAGUGUCACCCCAGCCCGGCUUGUCCCCCUCCCCUCGGGUAGGGGGGGUUCCCCUUAUCGCGGCCGCGCUGGGCCGGCCUGGCCAGCCGGUGAUAAGCCACGCGUGCCACGCCGUCCCUUAUCGCCGCGGUGGCAUCGGCGGCUUGGCACGGCGUGACGGACACAAGAGGGGUGCGAAGAACCUUCCUCCUCCUCAUCCUCAUGUCCCCCGUGCAAUGUCCACCCCGCACAUCGCGCUGUUUGAGGACACGGCACCGGCCACCUCGUGGUCUUGAGACCCCCCGUUGGGUGUCACGGCCACUGGUACGGCACAGGGGACCCGUCCAGAAGACAAGUGUCCCCUGGGGCGAGCUGGGUGGCUCGCUUGCCACCUGGGCUAUUAUUAGCCACACUCGCCCACGUGGGCGGCUCAUUAAGCUUCUCCCGUUGUGGCAGCGGAUGUGGGGCAACGCUUGAGGUUUCGCUGUUGAAUUCUUCUUAAAUUUCCUCUUCAAAACAGACGAGUUUCCUCCCUCCCCGUUGACGACAGAUGCCGGGGGGGGUGGCCGGGCGCGGUGGGGGGGUGGGACGCCACGGUCUAUGGCCCCUCGCCGCGGAUAGGCAGAGGUUGCCCGCCCUGUGCCGGGUGACCCCCCACCCGGCGCUGCGGCCAUGGAGGGGACAUCGGUGCUGAGCCCGUCCUGGUGGGAGAAGCGGCGAGCGUGGGCCCGGCAGAGCCGGAGCUGGCGACCCACGGCCCCCGACGAGGAUGAUGUGGCCCCCAACGAGGACGAUGUGGCCCCCGAUGAGGACGAGGUGGCCCCCGCCACCCGCCAUGUCCCUGAGCUGCCGGCCCCCGACCUGGACGACGUUUUUCUCGAAGGAAGCCCCUCCAGGAAGAUCGAGACGUGGCUGCAGGAGUGUGGGUCACUGGUGGAGGAGCCGGGCUCGCCGGGUCCCUUGGGGUGUGAGAACAACGGGACCAGCUUCGAGGACGACCUGACGCUGGGAGCUGAAGCCCUUCUGCUACUGGGGAGCCACGAGGUAACAGGCAGAGCCCCGAGGGACAAACCCCCCAGUGUGGCCUCCAGUGGCCUCUCCAGCCUCCCCACCAAGACCAGUUGCAGCGUGGUGGCGGUGACACGGGGCUGUCCCCCCCGCAGCGUGGCGGCGGUGCUGGCGUGGCGGCAGGAGGAUGCCGAGGAGAUCCUGGUCAGCCUGGGCUUCGCGCGCAGCGAGCCGGGGGCCAUGGCGCGUGUCCCCCCCCGCUUCCUGGCCACCCCAUCCCGCGCCAGGGGCAUGGACGUCGGGCUCUUCCUCCGCGCACAAGUGCAGCGGCUGGAGACGGAGGAGCCCGGGCUGGCGCUGGCCGGUCGCUUCCAGCAGGCGCAGGCUCUGGCUGUCACCGCCGACACUUUCUUCUGCCUCUAUUCCUACGUCUCGCGGAUCCCCGUGCGGUGCAUCUGUCCCCCCCACCCCGCCUGGCCGUGUCCCCGUGUCCCCGACACGCGUGUGUCCCCCCCAGCCCAGCCCACCAUCCUCUCGCCCAUUGAGAGGCUGAAGAAGGUCGUAUCCACCAUGUCUCUCUACGUGUCCCCGCGGAACGGGGACAACCUGGGGGACAAGGACAAUCUGUGGGAUGGGGACAACCCGUGGGGGACCGGGCAGGUGUCCCCUGUGUCCCCUGCCCUGGGGAAGGGGAUGCGGGAUGAGACGUUUGGGUUGGAUGUGGCCGAUGUCCCCACGGGCUGGGGAGGGGAUGGGAAUACGGGGACAGUGCAGCACCCUUGGGGAGCAACGAGGGGUCCCCAAGUGCCGCUGUCACCUCACCUGGUGUGGGGUGUCCCCAUGUGUCCCCAUCACUGUGGUGGGGAGGGGGAGCAGGCAAUGUCCCCAGGCCCAACCCCAGCGGGGACACUGACUGGAGCUGUGUGGGGACACGCAGAGCGGUGCUGUCCCCAUGGCAGCGGUGACAGCCCCACGGGGGUGACCGGGGAAGCUCUGUGUCCCCCGAGAGCAGGACAGGGGGAGCACCAGCUGGACGCUGCUGCAGGUGUCACCUUGUCCCCAGCGCUGAGUCCCCCAUCCCCCUACACCAAGGACCCCCAGGACUCCAUGGGGACACGUUCCCCCAGCCCAGACACCCCAAGAACUGGAGGCCGCCGGAGUGGGAACCGGCACCUGGGGGGCCCCCUGAAGGACACCGGACACCCCCCCGGGAAGGUCCCCGUGUCCCCCUGUCCCCACUGGCAGGAAUCGGGUGACUCCUUUGAGCUGGAGGAGCUCCCGAGCACCAGCGAGGAUGAUGACGAUGACAACGAAGGUGACACCCACGAGGAAUCCGGUCGGUCCCUCUGUCCCUCCAUCACCAUCCGGAGAAGUUUCAUGCUGCACGGUGGCAGCGGCCGGUCCGACAGCAGCGGCUUCGUGGAGGAGCCGGUGUGGGGACACCCACCCGCCCGGCUUUGUGACACCGACCAGACGGCCUGAGGCCACCACAGAGGGACCCGCGCUUGUCCCUGCGACAGCAGGAGCCACGGCCGGGGGACAGACGGACUGCACCGGGCCACCACGUUUGGGACACAGGGACGGGCCCGAGCUGAGCGCACACGCGCGUGUUUGCGUGUGCACGUGCGGGUGUUCGGCACGGAAAACUCUGGACUUUGGUCCCAAGGAGCACACGUGUGUCCCCUGUCCCCAACCUGCU